UCACGGUUGUCAGGUGCCAUGCCGAAAGUUGUAUGAAAUGAAAGGAAGCACCGGCGAUACUCCAAUUCGAAAUCCUGGACGUUGCGUGUUCCUUUGUGGGAUCAAUGGAGUAGACAAGUUCAGUUUCUCUGCGUUUUUCGAUUGGUUACCUUAGUGGAGUGAUGCUGUGUCGUUAAAAUCUGUGGAGGUAUAAUGAUUACGGUGUUGGUUCAAGGUGAAUUCACUCCGCGUUUCCGAGUGUGUGUGUGUGUGUGUGUGUGUGUGUCUGUGCCCACCAGUGCUUGUCGGUGAAGGUGUGAUGCGAGUCUCUCGAGUUCAAGGCUGGUGGUGAUCAUUCUCGUCGUUCCGUUGAACUUAUAAAACGGAUCUCAGGAAAAUGGUCAGCUUUAAGAAUUGCAACAACACGACAAGUGAGGAGUCCACGCCGCAUCGCCAUCAUCCGGGGACGCUGCGAAGCUCCGUCAACUCCCGGAAGUACCAUCAAGGUCAUCAGCAUCGAAAUGAACCUUCUCUACACGUCUUACCAUCACGCCCGUCGACUCACUCGUCGUCAACAUCGCGCGUCUGCGCUCUCCACUCCAGGCUGGACCAGCCGGUGACGAGUUCAACGCCCGACAUGGACAACAAAAAGGUUGUCCAAGGCGCCGCUUCGCCAGCGCUGGUCCAGAUGCGCCGUAAAAGCGGCGGCGGUGGCGAUGGACCAGGAAUCGCGGGCUCCGGAAUUCGCCGACGGAGUGGGCCUCAAGGGCUGCGCUCACCCGCUGCAAAGAGGCCCCUUUCGGCCCCGGUAGCCCUUCAGGGCUGGCUGCACAAACAGGGCUCCGAGGGUCUCAUGCUCUGGAAGAAGCGCUGGUUUGUUCUCUCCGAGUACUGCCUCUUCUACUACAAGGGUCCCGAGGAAGAGAAAUUACUUGGCUCGAUACUUCUGCCGUCGUACCGGGUGACGGCGUGCAGGCCGGAGGACAAAGCGAACAAGAAGUUCGCCUUCAAGGCGGAGCACGCGAAUAUGAGGACAUACCUCUUCGCCGCAGACUCGAGGGAGAGCAUGAACCAAUGGGUGAACGCGCUGACACUGGCAACCUUGCUCCAGGACCCAAACCCGGGCGGAGGCGAUAUGGCGAUAGCCUUGGAAUUGGCGGGUCCAGCAGAUGGCGAGCGAAGCGCGCGUCCGAGCGUCUCCUCGAUAUCCUCUAUCCUGAACCAGAGCGCGGACGACAGUGACAGCGGUUUCCACGGUUUCCAGUCGCGGGAUGACCCGAGCCACGCCUCGAACAACAACUCGAGUCCAAACAGCGUGAACACCGCGUCCUUCGCGACCUUGAACAACGUCCACGAGGUCCAAACGCAACCCGUUCAGCCGGUGAUAAACGGGUGGAUGCAGCAGUCCCCGCAGUACUCGCAGCCCGGGACUUCUCAGCAACAACAACAACAGCAGCCAGGGGCCUAUACCCCGCUACCGGGGCCCUCGCACCAGCACAAGCAGCAGCAGCACCAGCAGCAAGGCCCGCAGCCAGGGCCCAGCAACGUGCAGACGGUUCAACCGAUGCCGCGGAACUUUGGCCAGCCACUUUACGCCAACGCACCCCCAAAGCCGCGCCGACUGACGGAGGGAUCUAACGAGUACUCGACACCCUCGCCGGACCUCGACGCCCUGCAUCCCGAUUGCCGUAAGUCCCCCGUCUCUCCCGACGUACGCGCCGCCACCAAGAGUCCCGGGUCCGAGUACGAGAGGGGCAGCGUCGUUUACGUUACGCGGAUGUCCCAGCCACCCCAGACCCUCAGGACCGACAAGUCGGGACUCAACUACGGCUAUGCCUCCGCUCAGUCCCAGCCUACCGAGAGACGUACACCCGACACCUACGGUAGGAGCGCCAAGCCAAGGUCAUCCAGGGGGAACGGCGACUACGAGGACGUCUACGGCGCUCCACAGCUUUAUCAGAGACCAGCGGGUCCCGUUGGAUACACCAAGGGACCCGCCCCGGCACCCAUACCGAUUCCCGUUUACGCCCAACAAAGUCCACCCCAGCAUCCGCAGAUGUAUGCCGUUCUUCCUACGCAAGCCGCUCCUGUAAUGAGACAGCCCAGGGCGCAACCCCCGCCUCGGCCGCACAGCGCUGACUUCUUGGAAUACGAAGCGACGCGGAGGCCUCAGCAACAGCCUCACGUUCAACCGGGUAUCGUUACGGGCCAGCAACGCCGACCUCAGCGACCCAAAUCGAGUCUCGAUGUCGUCAACCCGUCAGACGCGCCGACUAAUGACGGAUACUUUUACUCCGAGGAAAGAAACGCGAAUGAAUAUUCAAGGUACGCCGCCCAGAUGCGCCAGUCCGCCGUUUACUUGCAUCAGACGCCUCAGCAUCACCAGCAGCAACGUAAUCAGUCCUUAUCGCGCGCCGCUACGCCAUCCAAACCCACCUCCUCGAGAGAACGGGACGCCGAAUCCAGCGUAGGCAGCAUAAGCGAAACUUCCAGCUUGGCCCUCAGACGAUCUCAGAGGGAUCAGAGUUCCGCCUUGCAGCAGCAACAGCAGCACCACCAUCACCUUAUCUCGUCUCAUUCCCUUCAACGUCACUCUGAAAUAGCAAGCGAGUCACUGGUGAGACGAUCGCUCCGAGAGCGAAGUUACGAGCAGGCAGUUCCCUCCGGCAGGGAACUUUUGCUCGGCGGUGUUCCGGGUGAAGGGGCCACUGUGCCUCGACGAAUACAACGCGAUUCUCGUACCGAGUACGACACGUCAACCGGUGGGAGGGCCAGGCGGUGGAACGAGCAGCAGUUUGCCAGGUCAGCAUCGGCUCGUCUGCCCCGCACACGGCAUCAGGUAGACCGAGACGAAGACGAUUACGCGGAGCGAUCGUCGGGACAGGAUUCACGCGAUGGGGAGCGGAAGAUCCAACAGAGAGAAGAGUCAAUGAAGCGACUACUCGAAUGGAAACAGCGAAUGCUGCAGAGUCCGUUAACGAGGAAACCCGCUAGCUCUGGAAGUCGUGUACAGGGAAUUGCCCAGAAUGAACUGUCGAGCUAUUACAAACAGCAGGCUUUCCUCGAACUCGCUGCCCACGAAGCAAGCCUCGCCGAGGCUCGGCAAGCCAGGAGACGGGACGAUGGACAUCGGACUCAUCCUCGGAGCAAAAGCACUGACGGCAGACGAUCCGUCACCAACAACGUUUCCCGGUACAACAGUUAUUCCAGCGACGACGAAGAGUUGGGCAACGUGAGGCACAAGCGAACCCGUAGACCCUCCCACGCUGGCAGGAGCCCCCGGCAGGUUCUGGACGAGCGGACGUUGUCGUCUGCUGCCUCUUCUUCCGCAACCUCGAUCACCACCACAACCACCAGCACCGCCAUGAUCACGACAGCCGCAACAAGCGCCGCCUUGAAUUAUCCGACGAGAGUGAGCGCGAACGGCGAAAUCGUUUCCUCGCCAAUUCAUCCGUCGGCGUUCCCUCCCCAGUAUGAGAACAGCCGACAUAAAAACGCGUCCCGGGGGAGCCGUCAGCCUUGCGGUAUCCCGCCUGACGCCGGAUACGGGGAAAUCGGCUUCUCGCCGUCGUCCUACGAGGCUAUAAACAACCCGAGAUCGACGGUGAGGAGAUCGACCCGGAAGGAAUCCGGGCCGGAAGUUGGCACCGGGGUGGAUCCCAAGUGGCAGCAUAAUGAAACGCCGAAGAAACCUACAGGGAUUCUGAAACAGACGAGCGCCCUUUGCCACCCUCCGUGCAAUGACCAAUCGAGCAACUCCGAGGGGAGGCUCAGCACUCUUGCCGGUUACAUUCCCAAUGACACUUGGCACGGGCACAAGAACGUCCAGUGGAACUCUACGAGAGGUGAUAAGGAUGACUGGGAGACGAAAAUUGACGAGGCCAAAGUAAUCAAGGAAUUCUCUUAUCAGUACAUCAAACCUGAGCAAAACCCCCAGGACUCAACGCCGCCCGAUGUACAGGCCGUAAAUCUCGUUCAGUCCAGGAUCAAGUCCUUCGAGUCAAGCCUGGAUGAAACGCCAGGGUCGCUGCUCGCCAUGCAGGAGCCUCUCAAAGUUUCUCCCCCCCAGGCAACGGAGGCUCACGUUUCACGACUCGAUCCGACACGGAACACGACCGUCAUCCGCGACUUUGCACUGGGCGAUUCGAGCCGGGAGACCAGAGAUUCCGUCGGCGUUGAGGAGGAAGCCUCCACGGACGAUGGAAACAAGUCGGUGAAGGACCUCCUUGCCGAUUUCGAGCGGAAAUCGCAGCAGGCUCAGAAACAGGAGAAUGACAAGAACGAGGAGUAUAAACAGCAGCAGAAUCGCGGGGUGUUGAGCGACACCGAAACUCUCCUUUACGAAACGGGUAGCGACCUCGAUCAGCCGAGUAAAAAUGUCGCGGAGGAAGACGAGAACCGGGAAAUCCAGAGGUCGGUGAACGUCGAGGAGAAUUUUACGGGGACGAUAAGGAGGAGAAAGGACCUCGGUGACAAGAGCAGGAAAGUCAAGGAUUCGAAGGCUGGCUCGGAGAACGAGGCGGAAGCUGCAAACACCCAGGAAAUUUCCAACCCCUGUUACACGCGGCUGAGCGUUACUGAAUCCUUGGUCACUCACGACGAUCAGCUGUCGGUGGAAAGCGAACUGACCAGCCCGGCCUCGAAACCAGAUGACUUCAACCCGGAGGAACACUACAUGCCGAUGGCACCGAGGAAGGCGAUUCUGGACCCGUCGAACGAGCGUCCAAAUUCAAAAAUGAUGGAGAGCCUCUUCGCUAGUCUGGACCACGAAGAAAAUUCUUACGUCGAAAUGAGCCAGAACGGCAUCGGGCACUCACUUCUCGCACCCGAUGAUCAAGACCGGAAACACGACUCCGGGGAUUACUCGACUCUCGAUCCUCCCCACUACGAGUUCGUAUGUGUUGCUGACAAUAAAAUGGAGCCGGUCUACAUGGAGGUCAGCCAGCUUGCUGACAAGGAGGACACCGAGUCGUCGGGGAAAAAAGCCAAGACGAAGAGAGACUCGGGAAAUGACGUUCUUCCGCCGAGGCCCGACCUUCCGGACAUCCUGACUGCCCUCAAAUCCGACAGUUCCGACGCUGACGACGAGUCAUCCAAGGACCUCGACUCCCUCGACGCUCCUCGGCAUCCUCGGUUCAGUCUCUCCGACACCUUUCGCCCGGCCUCGUAUUACUUGGGAGCCAGCCAGGCGCUCAUUGCCGAGCUCCACGACUCGUCGGACAGUGAACUUGUGUCGCCACCGCCGAUCCCGACCUCAUUGCCACCUCUGGACGACCUCGAUUCCCUCGAGAUUCAAGACUCCUUAGGCGAAGCGAAGAAGGUCGCGCCUCAGGUGGCAGCGAGUCGGGACAGCCUAAACAGCAGGGACUCGCCAAAGUCCUGGAACAAGCCCGCGGGUCAAGUCGAGACGCACAGACCACCCUCGAGGUUCUCCGAUACUACGAUAAGCUCGACCUUUCGCGACAGUCGAAUGUCGCUCGAGAGUGCCUCGGGCAGCGAUUCUGUGGAGCUUAGAAGCCCCGAGGAGGAGGCCAGGCACCGUCAGAUGAAGCGACGCCCGGUAAGCGACGAGGUCUGCGAGGUCCUCGACAGUCUGGACGAGCUCGAGUCCCUUGGGAGCCGUUUCGACGGGGCAAGUAUCGACCUGGAUCAGUACCUCGAGGAACUCCAGGCCCGGGACGCGUUCAACGUUGAUCUGUACGCAAAGGACCUGAGCUACAACAGCAUAUACGGAUUGAACGAGUCGAUGCUCGCCACGGAUAAACACCUGCGAAAAACAACGAGUCAGGAAAUAUCCGGCAAGGGUAAUCUCCCCUCGUACAAUACCCUGGAUCAGCCUUACCAGUACGGUGCCAGAACGAAGACGAGCUCGGCCAGCAGUCUGCCGUCGAUGAGGGUCAGCGACCUGCCCCCGAUGCAUCAGCACUCCCAGUCCUUCACCGGCGACGUUCACUACGAGAACGUGGUCAGCUUUUCAACGCUCCGCGGUUCCCCCGGCGUUCGUUCAGAGCACGGCGACGGUUCUAAACCGGGGGAAAAUUACCGCGGUCAGAAGAUACCGUCCCAUCAGCGACCCAGCCCCUUAAUUUCUCACAGCAGAGACUCCAGCUACUCUCUAAUAUCCGGAAAUGCCUCGAUAUCCACUUCCGUUGCCUGCCAACGACCCAGCAGCGCUCAGUCAUCCUCCGUCAUGUCGCAGAUGGGCUCCGUUUCCCCAUCCGCGCCUGGUAACGGCAUUCCAAAUGCUUCGUACUCCGAGCAGAAUCGCCGAUCGCAGGGGCGACACUCCCGCGAAACGAGCCAGGACUCGGCCCGCUUCUCUUUAUCGCCGAAUCACAGAUCAUCCGCGAGUCAGGACUCGGGCCAGUACCCAGCGUCCACUUCCACCGUCAAGCUCAGCCCCCAGUCCGCGUACUACAACGCGAGCCAGGUGCAGAACGACCAGAACGGGGCGCCGUACUACUACAGCGACCUGCAGGCCGGUGUGAGCGGAAUAGACGCGCUGAUCAACCGCAACUCGGCCUCCUCGAGGCUUCCGCAGCUAAACAAUCAACGCGGGGACGCGGCCCUAGCGGCCAACAAGAGGAACGACAUCGGUCGCAUGGUGAAUCCCAUUCCGAGACAGAUGCCGCGGCAGAUACAGGUCGAGGACAUCGACGAGGCCAGGCGGAUUGCCGCGGAACUUAGGAAGUCCAGCACCCAGUUUCUCGCUGAGAAGAAAGCCGGGCUUUUUCAGGUCGACAAGCGGAACAUAUAUGAGGCCGACACCCUCAGGAGGGUCAAGUCGACCGACCCUCUACCUGACGUCUCCAUGAUCCCGGACCUCAACUCGCGGAACAUUUACCCGCACGGUAUCCGCGAUAAGACGCAAGAUGAGUCCAACACAACACCGAGCGGAUCACGUUUUCAGGUGGAAAUCGGCACCCGGUACGCCGCUCAUCGGAGAUCAAGGUCGCUCGAAGGCCUCUUGGACGAUGCCGAGCUACAGAAUCUGGUCGAGCAGAGGUACGGCACCGGACAAAUGAUUGGCUCGAGGCAGCAGCGGGAAGCCACGGUCCAUCCUUCGCCCGUGCACAACCAGAACAGAUUCAACGGCGAGGAUCCCUGGGAGCAGGACUCGCUGUGGAGGGAGAGUCUGCGCAGGGUCAGCCUGAGGCACGCGAGAUCCCUCGACAAUUUGGAAGCCUCCGUCGGUCCGUCCGCUGUUCAAGAUGGGCGGAUAGCCGGAGCGCAGGGGUCGAAGGGUCGAGCGCGUAUCACGAGGGGCGCGACCUACGUGAACGACAGCGUGAUUCUGCGGAGGGAAGCCUCGGAGGUGGCCGGGGAGAGUCACAGGAUGCGAAGAAGACAGGCUGCCGCGAAAGACCGGGAUCAAAGCGAAGCGCAGGGAAUGCAACGUGGGGAGGAAGUCGACGAGGGUCGAAGAGAGGAAGAUGAGGCGGAGGAAGGGCAUCCGGGGCCCGAAGAAGAGACCUACGAGAGGCUGGCCAUGGACAGAAUUGGCGUCGGCGGUUACAUCUGGGACUCGGAGAACGAGGCGUACCGGAAACCGGGGACUGCAGCGGCGGCUGUCCUCCAGCAACGCGACACUGAGCAUGAUAAUCGGCAGAAUUUUUUAGCCGAAGGCAACCUUCCCCCAGCUCCGGCGAUGGCGGAGGCGUCACGCGGGUCUACGGCAACGUCCGGUUCGUUCGAAAUCGACCGGGAGAAGCUGCGUCAGUGGGACCUGCUCUCGAGCGCCUGCUUACUCCAGGAACAGCAACGGACGUCAAUGUCGGAGUCGGGGCGAGGGUUGCCGACGACAGCAACGAGCAGGCAAGAAGACGGAUCGGCGCCGGCGCGACACCAGGAGUCGACGGCAGACUCGACGAUCCCAAUCGCGAACGAAACUUCGGGUGUUUUAACGUUCGAUACGCGCCGUGUCCCGCCCGGUCAUCCGGACGCCAACGAGGCCCAGGGCCAGGACGACGGGACGACGGUUACUCGCGGAGCGGCGACGACGGACGGCUCCAGCAGUGCAAACGGUACAGCCUCCGGGUCGGGAUCGGUGAUCGGACGAGACCCCCUGCCACCCAGAGCCAUCAGCACGUCUCAGCUACCCCAGAGAACGCUGACGCAGCCUCCUCUUCCACGAGGAAACGCGCACCACCCGGCGCAUCCGGUUCAGCAAACGACACUUCCGGUCACCCGCCCGUUAGAACGUACCGCCGCCGCUAGCCUAGCCGAUAUCAGGAUCACCUCUGCCGGGGAGGCGAGAAUCACGUCGCCAGGAAACGGCCAGUUGAAGCAGCAGCACCAGGACCAGUCCGCUCAGCGCAGGAUGGCCGGACCCUUGAGGGUUAUUUCCCCCAAUGGACACAGGGUUUCCAGUCCGAACGAGAGCGAGUCCCAUUCGCGCAGUCCAAGCGAGCGAACAAUCGGCAGUCCUGUCGGUCGAGAUAUCGAGAGAAUUGAACGGGGGGGCGGAAGCGGUGUCGACGUAAAUGGUCACGGCAGGCAAAACCAUUGCAGUGCCAACAAUCGGGACAACAAUGAGCUUCUGAACAAAAGGCUGGAAACGCAGAGAAGACGUCUGGAUAAAUCGUUGACGUUUACUCCUGGCGAAAAUCCUCACCGAGGUGGAAAAGGAUCAGGAGGUGACCUGGUCCAGGUUUCAGCCGGAGAAUUGCUGGGUCGAACCCACGAGGAAUUGGUUUUGCUACUGAUCCAGCUACGCCGGCAAAGUGCAACGCUCUGCAAAGCCAUGGAGACUUGUCACGUCGAAAUUGAAUCUCAGGCCAGACUAGCUGAACUUGAUACACCCAGACGUCUCGAGAAUUUGCAAAAGCUCGAGGAACUCAAGAAGCAUCUAAUGGAUUUGGAAAAACAGUACGAGAAAGGCAAGCCGAUGGUUAACCUUGUUGACAAUAUGGUGAAGCUUGGCUCGUUAUACAACCGCGGUACGACGACUAACGGUACCGGUGGAGUGUCGAGUUCCCGUCACGACCUCGUCCAGGAGAAGACUAGGGAAGUACGAGAUCGUCUGGAGUUUAAUCAGCGUGUCCAAGAGCAGAGACUCCUGGCCGAGGAGCGUCGGGACUGGGACAGGCUGAGUCCCGAUCACGGACAGCUCCAGGCAAAGGUUCAGCAGCUUUACAAGCUGGAUCGGUUACUCCAGGAGGAAUCCGGGACGCUUCACAGUCUCCAACAGGACAAGGAAAUAUUGGAAAAGGCUCUGGGCGGAUUGAGGAACAAACUUCAGGGGAGCAGGAGCAAUCCGGCCGAAGUGGAGCGCUACCGGAAACAGCAGCUACUUCUCGAGCGGGAAUUGAGCAGAGUCAGAUUGCUGCUUGCCCACAACUCGAAGAAACUCGAGGAGACCGUGGCUGAAAACGCUCGCCUCGAACAGGAACUCGUCGUCCUGAGACAAAAGCUUCAGGCGUCCCGACGGUACGCCGGAAACGUGACCAGGGAUCCCUCGGGAACAACUGCCGCCCUUGAGGCUGAGCUUAGACGAGUUCAACAGCUGGUCGGCGACCUGCAGCGACAACGUCAGGAACUUAGCAUUCAGGUCCGUCAGUUGACGGAAAAGUCGCACAGCCUUGUGCAGCAGAUACGACCGCAGCAUGUGACUUCUCCGCAGGUUCAUCACCAUCGGUCGAAGAAACGCAGCCACAGUUCUUGGCUCGAGACCGACCUCGACUCGGGGAUGACGCUGGACCAUGGAUUGGACUCGCCGACGAGCUCCGUUCCUUCCGGCUCGCCAGGCAUCCGGCAAAACGGAAGUCCCCAUCAGCAUCAGCACAGCGCUUCCUCUCCCCAGUACAAGGACCCCCCGCCGGUACCUUACAAAGAGCACAAUAUCGGCGUGGGUUCGACGCAGCACAAUGCUCAGACGUACUACAACCAUUCGUCUCAUAACCAGCAGCCCCAGCAUUACCAUCGAGUUUCUGCCCACUCGCCCCAAAGCCAAAUAUCCGCAUUGUCGCCCCAGCUUCGCGAACAGAUCCAUCAGCAUCAGCUGAAACAGCAACAACUCCGGGACCAGAUGCAGGGCAAGGGAAGUCCUGUGCAGAACAAUGUCCCAGGACCGCUUUACGUCAAUACUGAUUCCAGGAGACAAGACUCAACGAAAUACCUUGAGUCUAAUUCCGACAACCCUCCAGCUCCACCUCCAGAAUACGUGCCGCCACCACCACCUCCGCCAUCCGAAGAAGCGCUUCUUAAUGGAAAUUAUGGGCAAAACGAUGAAAGCAAAUUCAGUGGCCUAAUGCAUGGACGUGAAAAACAGGAGAUAAAAACUGUGCGAAUAGUGAAACGGGAAUCCGAACGACGGCAAAGGGAUCGAGGCGACCGGACGGGAAAUAUUGGGAUUCCGUUGACGAACGGAUUGCAAGUACCAGGAAGCGCGAAGAGGCUGAACGAGGAUGACUUCGGAGGCUCGCAACAGUUUGAGAAAUCUCAGCUGGACAGGGUGAUGGAGGAGUCAGCGGCAAUGAUUCACGCCCAGAGCAGCGUUCAGCUUUCGGAAAUGGACGACGUGCAAUUCCAGCGCAGCAUGUCCCUCCCACGGGGAUUUGGCGGGCAGCGACCACAGCCAGGAAUUCAUCAGGGUCCGGUGCCGGCGCCACCGCGAAGUGACAGUAUGAACGCCCUCAGGAACAUGAUGGUCCGCCGCCACAGAGUACGGUUUGAGAACCAAGACGGAAGCUCGGACAGCACAUUAUCGCCUCACACAGAGAGUCCAAAUUCUGGCUCCCAAAUGGCGACGAUGAGUUCGCCGAAUUACUCGAUCAGCCCUCCGUACAGUCCGAGUCAUCAGAACUAUUCGCCUAUUCAAUACUCUCGAGGCGGAAGUGGCGCGAGCGGGAUUUCCGGCCAGGGGUUGCCGGUGCCCUCCCAAUAUUAUCCUCAACCCGCCGUUCCUCCAGGGACGAGCUUCGCGAUAUCCUCGAAUCCUGGCAGUCCGGUCGCCACUUCGCCUCCAACCGCCCACGAGAGGCUUUUCGGAUCGGCAGCAAGCAUCAACAGUCUUCGUGAUUCACCCCAGCUCUCUCCCGUAUUCAAAAGCGAAGCCGCGAGGCAGAUCAUCAAGGAAAUGGCCGAGAAGAGGUCCGAGGGACCAAGGAGAAGGCCCGUGCCCAAAGAAAAGAGGCGACACUACACGGUGUCCAGCAGCAAACCGAUUCUCGAUCUCGAGGACACCUUUUCCAAGAUGGGAAUGGGUCGCGCGAGAGACGAUCUUGACAUGGAACGAGCUUUGAGGCCGCGUAUCAAUGCUCCUGACGUGGUCAGGUCGACCCUCAGCCACAAAGAGCUGAAAUACAACGAGAGCACGAUUGACAACCUGCUUGGUACACCAAACAAAAUUCUGAUCCCUGAACGCUACAUUCCGGAACAGACUCCGGAGCUAAGUGCAGAGGAGCAGGAACACCGUCUUAAAAAGGCUGAAUCAAUUAGAAAGAUGCUAUCUGAGACGACGGUGACAGCGCCCGAAAAUCCUGAGGAAGAAGUUGAUCAGCAAAAGUCAAAUACCUUGAAGAAAAAAGUUGCUGAAGAAAAACGACAAAGAGAACAUAUAUUACAGCUUAAUCAAAUUCUAGCUAAGCAAGUUAUGGAGAAGAGUAAGAUGGUUGCUGUGAAAGCACUGGCAACGCUUCCGUUGGCGCCAUCAGAGCCGAGCUUCGAAGAAGAUGACCUCUCGCCAGUGACCCCGUUACCCCUUUACCAGCAAAGGGAGAAUUUUUACUCGUAAGCACAAAAUAAGCUCCAACCAUGCGACGGUAUGUAAAUACUUCGAGAGGAGUUGAUCCAUUUUUCAAACAUCCCAUAGCCACGAACCGAUCAUGUUCGAGACUAGAUCUCAACAUCUUUGGGGACAGUCGUUGGAGAGCCA